AUCCAUGUUUAAAAGAACAAGAACUAUCGUACAAAUGUCUCAGCAAGAACAACUUCGAUCAUGGCAAAUGCGAGCUGUAUUAUGCAAACUACAAUAAUUGCAAAGAAUUUUGGAUGUUGCUGACCGGGAAAGCAUUAAAGCCGAAUAUAUGAAAACUAAACCGACGUGAAAAACUAUCACAAGGGAAAGGUAAAAUGUUAGGAUUUGUUUUUCGUUUGCUGAUAGAUUGUAGGAACUAGAGCCCAAAGCUACUAUCCCGGGAAAUACACACUGUUUUUGCGCGGAAACACAACACGUUGUGACGUUUCGACUUUGUAUUUGCAACACCAUGAAGAGAAGAAAACAUCCGUUCUGCAUUUUUAUGGCUUGAGCUAGCAGGGAAUACCACUUAUGGUUGUUAUAUAAAAUAGAAAAAGCAUAUAUUUUCAAACCAUUUUUGUUCCUACAAAUCCUACAUUUCAUAAUGAUGGGAAAUUUUUAAAAAAUAACAGAAACCUCUUGUCGCUGUUGUCCCUUUAACUGAAAUGCCACCUGGGGCAACGUUUAUUUGCCGGGUGUUUUGUAAACAAACAAAUGUCACUGACCGUACUCGCCUCGCGCAUUAGCUGUUGUAACAAAUUUGUGCUCGAUGUGUACCCACAAUUCUCUUUUCAAACCAUGGCCAAAAGCAGCAAGAGUAGUCCAAUGAGGAGCUGCCUGCUGUGCCAAAACCGUUCCACCAUAACGGACACACAAACGGACGAUGCGUUUGAGCGCAUUACGUAUCAUAAAUUUCCGGCCAACGCGCAACGUUUCGAUCAGUGGCUCGAGUUUUGUGACCUUUCCAAAGAAAGCAUGCCCGCGCUAGCGUACAAGUUCAUUUGCAGUAAUCACUUCGCACCGGAAUGCUUCGAGCGCGAUCUGCGAGCGGAACUACUGUACGGCACCAAACGGAUGGCGUUGAAGAAGAAUGCAGUGCCAACAAUUCACACUACAAAACAGCAGUUAAAGCGAAAGCUGAAUACUCAGUCCAGCGAAGAGGAAGAUCGCCAGAAGCGUAAAGAGCAGGUCAAUAAACUUCUGAACGGUCAAAUACCCGUGAAGGAAGAGAUCGUGUAUCCGUUUCGAAAGCGUGCCGAUGAGGAUUCGUCUGCCCCGACACAGGAACCUUUAGGUCGAAAUCUGUCCAGCAAUACUUUGUCAUACAUGAGCCAGCCGGAAAUGGUGCAACGAAUCGAAGAUCUCGAACAGGAAACCACGCGCCAGCGAAUACAUAUAGCACAGCUUCAACGUACGAUCGAUCGUAAGACAGAAAAGAUCAACUUUGCCAAAGCGGAAAUGGUGAACACGGCGAUUUCGUUGCAAGAGCUGAAGGAUCACGAAAAUCGUCAUGUCAAUGAGCGUAUAACGGAAAUUUUAUCUGGUCGGUUCGGAGAAGGGCAGCUUGCAACGAUUAUGGCCGGAAUGUCGGAUCAAACGGAAGAAUCUUCGCUUCAGGUGCUGUGGACUGAAAAUGAGCUAGUUCAAGCACUCAGACUAAGGUGCAUCAGUAAGGAAGCGUACGAUUUCGUACGCAAACAGCUACGCUAUCCUCUUCCGGAUGCUUCACAAAUCGAACGUUGGAUUCACAGCGUUUAUCUGGAAACGGGUCACAAUGCAACAGCUAUGCGCAUCUUACAGUUACGAGCAUCAACCUUAAAAGAAAUCGAACUUAUCUGCACACUAAAUCUGGUUCGUAUCAACACUCCCGUCCGAUACCAUUACGACUGCAAGCGUGAUCAAAUUGUUGGACCAAACGCGCAACUACAUUGUCUUACAGUGCAGGGAAUAUUUGCCACCUGGCAGCAGAUUGUUCACAUCGAUUUCGAUCUCAUCGUUUGCAGAGAAUUGGUGGAAAAAAUAGUCACCGAUCUGCAUGAAAUCGGUUACAAGGUGGUUGCCAUAACGACCGACUGUGAUCGCGAAGCGGCAGACGUAUGGCGCGCAUUGAACGUUAACAGUGAACAACACUUUAUCCGACAUCCGGCUACGGGCCAUUCGAUUUAUUUGUACGCCUGUCCCGACCGAACGUUGGUCGCCAUUCAUCGGGCACUAAUCGAAGAUGGAUUCGUAAUGCAGGAAAACAACCUACCGAUUACCAGUGCCACUUUAAUGCCGUUGCUCAAUACGAGACAAUCAUUUGCGUCUGAAGAAAGCAGCAGCAGUGGUGCAAUCUACGAACGAUAUCUUAGCAAAAAGAUUCUGCAAGAUAUAACGUACGAUUCCGUCCUGUCGCGGCAAUUUAUAUCUUCCACAACGACAAAUACCUUGCGAAUGCUCGCAAACGACGAAGAAGGUGAUGGAGGUUUGCUCUCCACGUUGACUACACUUUUCGAUCUGUUCGUCGACUGGUACGAGCUAUGCACGGCUACGAGUCAUUCGGAGGAAGAUUCUGAAGUGAGACAACAGCUUAUCACCAACCUGCCGUACGGAGUGUGUGAAGAUGAGCAGAACAUCGUGCUGGAUGGAAUGUUCGAUGUGAUGGAAACGAUCCGCUGGUUAAAUACGGACAAUGAUUUUCUUUCACAAGCCGUGCUUAUGUCCAUCAACACAAUGCGCAAGCUGCCUAUCGAUUUAAGGAACAAAUAUCCCGAGCAAAAUAUCAAAGGCAUACCAAUGUUACGUAUGAGCACAAUACCGAUGAACGAAACGAUUCGAAAAUUGCAACAGAUGUUAGAUCACACACCGAAAAUAUAUUCGGUAAACGAUGUUCUUUUCCAGCUUUGCUCGGCUGUCCUUUCCGUGGGACAAGAGUCUCAUGCUACAAAUGCACUUCUACAACGGGGAAGCUUUAUGGGUGAAAUUUCCCUUAAAAAUCUUCGUCGACAAGAGGAUCUACCCGAUUCAGAUAUACGCGACGUGUCCGAGCAUAAUGCCUGUGACUUUCUUACACAGUUGGCCGUAGCUCGAUUGGGUCAUAAGUAUGAAUAUCUCGGCGAUCGGUCUGUUACCAUUGAGCACAACAAUGAGCAGUAUGUUAUCAAACCAUUCGAUGGGGAUAAUUUAUCUUGUAUCACACCUUCAGCCAUUUGGAUGGAACAGGCCAAAAGGCUUGAAUCGUACCUGCGCAAUACGGUACAGGAUAAAAAGCCUGGCUUGGUUAAAGAUUUAAUUGCCUUCAUUAACGAACGUCAUCCCCGCAUGGGACGAGAUUUGGUAGAGCUUUACAUAAGGAAGCGUAUAGCAAUUAAGCUAAAAUGCCUUAAUUCUAAGCUGGAUCAUACGAGAGAACAAUCCAGCAGCUAAUAAAGCGUUCCACAGAUUCA